AUAUAUUUAAGCAAAUAUUUGGAUAAUUUAAUUAUAUUUUAAUUUAGUUUAUGUUGUGACUUCGUUCGUGCAAGUGUAAAAAAACAUGUAUAAUUUAUCAAUUUUUUUAUUUUGCUUAUCAGUGUUUGUGUCUUCCAAUAAUGGGCUUUCAUUUAAUACGCUCAGCUCCUUUGCACGUAAAAAUUAUGUUGGUUUAACAUACGUUGAUGUUGGAGGGCGAUUUAAACGUGAAUCCUCGACCAUGUGUUGUGGAAUUGAUAUGGAUGCUGAAGAUCAAAGUGGAGAAGACGAAGAAUGUAUACAAAAAGUACUUGGUGAUAGUAACGAUCAAGAAGAUUUGGAUGUGAAGCAAUUAUAUUGUCUAAUGGAAUGCGAUUAUAGUCAAUUAUUAAAUGACAAUGGUGAAAUUGAUGAAAAGGCAUACUUUGAAAUGAUUGAUGACGAUGAUAUGGAGAAUGCGUACGUAAUUGAAACGUCAAAGAAAUCUUUUAAGAAAUGUGUUGAAAUAGCUAAAAUGCAUAAAGAAAAAGUUUUAAAACAGUACAGCGAUUUAAAAUGUAAUCCAAUGUUAAUGGAUUUCAUUACCUGUAUUAGUGUUGAAGUAUUAUCGGGUUGUCCAGCUGAUAAAAAGAAAAAUGAUAAUAAAACCUGCAAGGAAAUUGUUGAUGUAUUAACAGAACAAAUUACUGACUAAGAAAAAACCAAUAAAUAUAGUUAUAUUAAUGGUUCUAUUGAAUGCUCCUAAAAGACAUGUUACUUAAAAUGUUCCGCUUAAAAUUCACAGGAAAAUAAUUUAAUUUUCUUAUAUUUGUAAAUUAAAUACUUAUAUUACCUUUUGGCCUCUUGUCACUGUACAAUGGCAUUCGUACACUUACUAGUUUUUCCAUAUAACUAUAUAAAUAUUUCAGAAAUAUAAAUUUUUCUGUGAAAACACGCGAGACAUUUAAGGUAAGCUGUCUUGUUUCGGUCUGGUGACCUUUUCCUUCAUUGAUAUUUUAUGAUCCGAAUUUUUUUUGUCUUUCGAAUAGUUUUAUUUAUGACCUCUAAAAUAAAAUUUUCAAAUUGGUUUUGUUAUAGUUUGUAGAUGCUUCAUUUGACACAAACCAAAAGAAACAAAAAAAUUGUACAA